AACAUUCCUGUCAAUUCUCAUGUAAAUAAAUUUUCAAAGAUUGCUCCAAAAUCAUCGAUAAGUGACAACGAUCUUUUUCAAGGAAUUAAUUUAUAACAUUGUAUGAAUAAUCGAUAUAUUAAAAAAUCGAGCUCAAGAAAUUGUAACACAGUUUUUAAUACUUUCUCCAGUGCGAAAAGAAGUGUCUUUAAAUAAGAGAUGACGUUUUAUUUUUCAAGAUAUUAGUGACCUAACCUUGAAAUGACUAUCCGUGCAAGUAUUACAUAUAUAUAAAGUUUAUUAAUACUUACUAUAUAUAUCAUUUGGAAUGUUAGAUAUAACUAUUGCGCAGAUAUUAAAUGAAAUUGAUCAGAUACAAUAUAUUUUAUAUACCGAAUGGACAAGUACAUAUUUCAAGAUUAUGUUAUUUAAGUCAUCUGCUGUUCCAUUAAUGGGAGAGAUGCUUACAAAUGAUAUAAAUUAUUAUUCACAAGAACAUUCUAAGUCAUUUAAUGAAUAUUUAAAAGAAACCAAAGAUGCUUUUUCUGGUAAAAAUACAGAUAUACAAUACUUCCUUCAAGAUAAUAAAUUUGAAUGGAGAAGAAAUAAACGAUGGAUUUUAGGAAAAAUUACAGUAUGUCCCAUUUCUAAUAUUAUUGCCAUAUCUGAAACUUUAUAUGGCUUAUUGAAACAACAACAACAUUUACAAGAAAUAAUUUCAAAAUUAAAAACAGAAAAUGAGUUACUGAUAAAUACCAAAAAAGAAUUAAGUGUUGAUAUAGAGGAAAUGAUCAAAAUGAAAACUAAUAUGGAAAAGGAACUGUAUAAAAAAUUUAUCUUAAUAUUAAAUGCAAAAAAGAAAAAGAUUAGGGAAUUAGAAAAUAGUUUUAAAAGUACAGAACGUGCACAAAAGUCAAUAUAUGAUGUAAGCACAGAUCAGAGUAGUGAAGACUCUGACAUGGAUGAUAAAAGUACAAAAAAUAUUGAAUUACAUUUAGAAGAACCAGUAUCUGAUAAAUGCAUGGAUCAAAGUGAAGAUUCUGAUAAAGAAAGUAAAGAAUCUUUUUAUGUUUCUCACAAAAGAAGUAAAUUUACUAAUAGGAAUACUGUAAAUGAAAUGGAAGCAACGACUAGUACAACAAUUAAACAAAAUUAUUUUGAUAACAUUCCAAAUAAGAAAAUGAAAUGUAUAUCUACAACAUCAUCAGUAUCAAGUAACGAAAGUGAAUGUGAAUUUAAACUACGAAUGCCAGAGACAUGUACCAUCAAAUCAAAUCCAAUUAAUAACAUCAUUAGUAUUCCAAUACCAGCAAGGAGGUAAAGGAAAGUUAUCAACAAUAUUUCCAGUAAAAGUAUACAAUGGUAAUGGACUUGAAAGCCAAGGCCUAUAUUUCCUAUUACUUUUAUAAAUAUUAAUUUAUUCUUUUUAUUUUAUUAGAAAUAAUAUUAUGUGUACAAUUUGAUACUAACUCAUUUAUUGAAGUAUCAGUAUCACAAUGUUGUGUAUAUUUUGAUUUUAAAAUCUGAGAUAACAUCCUGAUAAUU